CGGCCUCGCCGCCUCCUCCCACUGCGCCGCCGGCGCUGCCCGGGGGCGGGGAUUCGCGCUGCGGAGGCCGGAGACGCGGAGACGCGGCGGCGGCGCGGGCUGGAGCGCGAGGCCGGCGGCGGGAGAGCGGCCCGGGCGGCCGCGGGAGCCGCGGGAGGAGAUCCUCGGCUCCAGUUCUGAGAUGAUGGGAUUAGGAAGCGGGCGUCGCAGCAUGAAGUCGCCGCCCCUCCUGCUGGCUGCCCUGGUGGCCUGCGUCAUAGUCCUGGGCUUCAACUACUGGAUUGCCAGCUCCCGGAGUGUGGAUCUCCAGACGCGGAUCGUGGAGCUGGAGGGCCGGGUCCGCCGAGCGGCCGCCGAGAGAGGCGCCGUGGAGCUGAAGAAGAACGAGUUCCAGGGGGAGCUGGAGAGGCAGCGGGGACAGCUGGACAAGAUCCAGUCCAGCCACAGCUUCCAGCUGGAGAGCGUCAACAAGAUGUGCCAAGACGAAAAGGCGGUGUUGGUGAAUAAUAUCACCACGGGCGAGAAGCUCAUCCGAGUGCUCCAGGACCAGUUCAAGACCCUGCAGAGGAACUACGGCCGGCUGCAGCAGGACAUCCUCCAGUUCCAGAAAAACCAGAGCAACCUGGAGCGAAAGUUCUCCUAUGACCUGAACCAGUGCAUCAGUCAGAUGAAAGAGGUAAAGGAGCAGUGUGAAGAGCGCAUCGAGGAGGUCACCAGGAAAGGGAGCGAAGGCGCGGCUGCCAGAGACCCCCGGGACAAGAAAGAGCCGAGUCCGCAGCUGCAAGCCCUGAGCCAGCCUCAGCCCCGGCCACAGGAAGCUGGCCCGCCGGCGGCAGAGGUGCAGCGGGGGAAAGGAGCGGCACCCCAGCCCUCGGCCCCCAGCCUGCAGGGGGCUUCAGACUUGAAGAGCCCAGGCGGGAAAGAGGACAGCAAUGCCGCCCAGGCGGCCAGCAAGGAGGAGCCACCGAGGGGCAGCCGGGGGCGGCGGCCGGAGCCGGGCCCGACCCCGCGGGCGCCCGAGGACCCUGUGGAGCGGGACCAGCUCGUCGUCGUCGACGGCGGGCAGGACGAGGGGCAGGACAAGGAGCCGGACGCCGCCGACGCAGGGCGAGGCCAGCCAAAGGCGGGAGGGGACGACUACGGUGCGGAGGAGAAUGAAGCGGAGUCGGAGACGGACAAGCAGGCAGCCCUGGCUGGUGGCGACCAGGGCCCGGGCGGCGUUCACGCUGAAGAUCAGAAAAGAGACGGCAUGAACUCACGGGAGCAGCAGGAAAAGCAGAACCGUACUCUCUGAGUGGAGCUGGAACGGGACCCCGCAGAGCUCGCUCCAGAACUGUGCUAAGUACAGUGUGCACGAAGGCUGACCCCUGUGUGCGUCACAGGAAGCAGCCACUGCCUUCUAGACAGUUUUGUGGGGGUACUUGGGAAGUGUCCAUAAUAGGAGGUAGAAGUCUGUGAAAACUUUUUGCUAGUAGGCUUUUUGUAAGAAGAGCAACACCAAAAGUAGAACACGAGUUCUCCGCAGUGUGUUCUGGGACAUAACUGUGUGUACAAGCGGCAGCCCAGCCGACGCCCGUGUGCACUCACUCCCAGAGCACCGACUGGAAGCACAAGCAGCCUUGGCCAUGGGUUCCAACAAGGCCCCCACAAAGCUGAUCUGGGCCAGGGUCCUCAGACUACUUUUGCAGUAGCCCUUGUCAUUCUUAAUGAACAUAAUGCUAGUGCCUGGUAAUCUGAACACUUGUGGAUGCUAGUUUGACCUGUGUGGGCAAAGCCAGCCUCAUCUAGUAAGUCCGGUUACCAAGAAUGGGCAAAACGGGCCACGGCCCAGCUGCCGCCUGCCGCACCUCCUUUAUACUGGAGUUAAAGGGAGCAUCACUGAUGUCACAGCAUAUAUACGGUGUCACAAACUGGAAAUGUUUAGAAAGGCAGGAUUAAUGAAUAGCUUGUGACAGUUUAUGCUCACAAAACAUUUAAAAGUAAAUCACAGUAGUUAUGGCAUUAGGUUUGGCUAUGGAGGGCCACUAGGCUGUCACCACUGUGCGACGGCAGAGCCGCAGGACGGGUUUGCACUCACGUUCCAUCUCCAGCUCGGCUGUUCUCUGUGGUGUCCCUUCCUCGAGUCAGGAUUCUGCAGCAGGGAGGAGCUGGCCUCGCAGCAUCUUCUCCAGGGCCUUCCCAGCCUCCCCUAGUGUCCCUGUGAAUUCUCGGUUCAAUCAGUGCACAUCCAGUGUCUAGCUUUUAAACCAGCUUUCACUCCUUCCAGCUGUGUCCUUCAUCCUCGGGUUAAGGGUGAGGUCUCGUGGAAGGAGGUGGGGUGCCAGGAAUCACAUCGUCGUCUACAGCCCCAAAGGCCUGCGCUGCUGCUGGUUUCCUCUGACCACGCAGAGGGGCUGGGGAACAGUGGAGAGGACUCAUGGCCCUUCUCUGCCAGUCUGGGUCUUUGGGGUCAUUCAAAAUGAAAUCAACAGCUAUUCCUUAUUAACUAAUCGGUACUAAACUAUUUUACUUUUCUGUACCAUCUGAAAAUUGUGUGUGGACAUGAGUAAUGGGUUUAUUGAUUUUAUAUUUUUCCCUGCACAUAGGACCAUGGAGCUUCCUCCAGCAGCCAUGGAUUUGAUUCCAUGAGUAAUCUAAUCAUUGCAAUACUUAAGACUUGUGUGAUGGAAUUUGGGAAAUAAACCAUUAUUGGUAAUUAAGUCAA